GGGAGUGUUUCCAAGUGUUAAUAUCGAGGUUCCUUUUUUUCUUCCCAGAGCAAGUUGGCAGUGCUCUAACAGUACAGAUUUACCUUAACUGCCACAUUAUUUCUAUUUGAUCAUGUUCUAUUGACAGACUGGUAACUAGCUCAGAGCCAGCAAGCCUGUAACUCAGAGCAUAAUAAAGCACUGUGUAGUAAUUCGUCACAAGACUGAUUUUGCAUAGAGCAUAGCCAAGGCUUUGGAACCGCCCUCAGCUGCACCUUGUACUAUAUUAGCACGCCUCAGACAGGAAGAAUUUUCUUUUGCUGCGGUAGCUCCUCCGGUUACCUUCAGGCUUAUAACCAAGCCCUGCAUCUCUGGAUAUUGCUUACUACCUAUGCUGUUGUUCUAGGACAAAUUCAAGGACAGAGGAACUCCAAGUGCUCUAAGGGUAAUCAGUGCAAAUUACCUCCUUUCCAUGUGCCUUGGUUUAUCAUCUUGAAAAACACUGUUAGGUAUUAGAGCAGUGGAAUUGGAGAGGAUAGAUAAAUAAAUUCUAAGCUCUGAAAUUGUGUAUUUUCCCAUAAGUAUCUAUAAAAUUCUGACUGAGAAGCCACGUUUUACUAUUUAAGGAAAUUGGUAUAAAUGGCCAGUUUUUAAAUAACUAGCCUUUAAAAUCUGUUCCCUUUUCUUUUACCACCAUCUCUAAUCUACUUUUUGCCGAGUUUCAUUUUUGUUUUAUGUUUGUAUCAUGAGAAAGUUUCACUUUCUAGUUUGUGGGGUUUUUUUACCUGCUGCCUUGAAAAUCUAAUUAGGAAGAAUUCUUUUUAAAUGCCCCUAAGAAACUGAUUUUAUGAUGCUAUACAAAUAAUGAUUACUGCUUGAUUUUUUUUUCCACGUGCUAAUCACAUUUUUAAAAAGUGUCUUUAUUAAAAACCCAAGCUUAGGACAAGUUAUACAGGUUGCUGGAGAUGUGCAGUAAGAUGUUUAGUACUGUUGCUAAUCCAUAUUGCAGUAAUACAUACAUUUUCUUACAUAAGUGUGUAUAGUUUACCAUUCAAAAUUUCAUUACUUUAUUAUGUAGUUUAUAUGUUUCUACAAGUAUCAAAAUUCAAGCAGAAUCACAACUUUUUAAACUAAAUCAAUAAAUUUAAUAUUUUUCACUUUCCCAUAAGACACAGUCAAGUGGGCCUUUAAAAACAUUCAGUUUGUUCUGAAAACUAGAAUGGUACAAAAAUGUAACCAAAACUUUCAGAUACUACAUUUCUAAAAAGCAAGGAUGGGGAACAUAUGUUAUCAGCAUGACCCUGAUAUAGAAAAAUAAAGUCUUCAAUUGAAAAAUAAAAUACUCAAUUUGCAUUCACAUAGGUACUUUAAAACUUUUAUAAAGGCAAGUAAUUUUUUCAUAUAGAUACAGAAAUUUUCAGUAAUUGAUUUGUAAACUUCAGGGUGUAAUACAUCUCAGAAUGAAAUACCACAAUAGCUAAAACUUUUGAGUUAUCAAGUUAGUGUUAUUCAAGUGAAGUUCUUACCUCUUGCUUCAGUCUUUAGCCUUGUUCUACAUAUUCCUUGUAAUGAAAACUGUUACAGUAGCGACCUUAACCUCACAGUGAAAGAACACAAAGUAAAUAUUUUUCAGUUUCCACAUUUUUCAGUCCACAUUUAAAGAUUCCAAAUACUUUAAACUUCAAAACUUUCUUAGAAGAGAGUUCAUAGCUCAAAGGUAAUAUUUUCUAUUUUUGAACUUGUCUUCUACACUUGAUGUGUUUUUUUUUCAGCAGCUCUUCUCUUAAAGCAUCUGCAGCAGAUGACUGCUGGCAAAGUAACUUAAGCCAGAACUUUAUAUACUAAGUAUAGGUUUACAAGCCUAUUGGUUUAAAAAUACCCUGCCCUAAUUUUCAGUGUCUUCCUUAGAAUAGUGCCAGAAUGCUGACAUUUAUACCUUGGUCUUUACACUUCUAUAAUGAUAGUGAUUUUUCUGUUAGGACUGCAGUAUCACUUUGUAUGAGAUUAUCUUUAAACAAGGAUAAAUACUGGUCAAUUGCCAGUGAGGAUUAGGAAGAAUGAAAUAUAUCUUUAGUUGAAAUUUGCAUAGCAUCUAGUAAUCUAUUAAGUUUACAUAGCAAAAAUAAUGGCCAAAAGUUGGCCAUUAUCAAAUUUCUUUUUUUUUCUUUUUUUCUCUUUUUAGGGCUGCACCCAAGGCAUAUGGAAAUUCCCAGGCUAGGGCUCAAAUCUGAGCUGUCUGUAGCUGCAGGCCUAUACCACAGCAGCAGCAAUGAGGGAUCCAUACUAUGUCUAUGACCUACACCACAGCUCAUGGCAAUGCAGGAUACUUAACCCACUGAGCAAGGUCAGGGAUCGAACCGCGUCCUCAUGGAUAGUAGUCAGGUUUGUUACUACUGAGACACUACGGGGACUCUGUCCAUUAUCAAAUUUCUGAUCGCUCUUUGUUUUCAGUUAUAUUUUGUUUAAAUAAAAUAAUGAAGAGACCAUAAGAAAGAUGAUUAACUCUUUUAUUACUAAUACUGGCUUUUUUUUUUUUUUUAACUAAAUAUGAAUGAAUGCUCCAAAAAUAGCCAUACUUGGGAGUGGAGGGUGAAGAGGAAUUAAGCUGCUUGGCUAUGUGUAACAAAAGAUUUUAGAUUCCCAGAUUUUAGAUUUCACUGCUUGAAACUGUUUUCCUUUGGGCUUUUCAAAUGUUUCAGAGUAUGUGGUAUUUUUGUAAACUCCACUGUACAUUUACACGUUCUCCUUCCUCUUUUUCAAGCUAAUAAAAGUAGUUUUAUUUAAUUAAUGCUGUCUGAGAAAUCUGGAAACUCUUUUCAGAUAUUAAACAUUGAAGAAAAGUCGUGAGCAUCAUGAGUAUUUAACUUUAUGCUUUGGAUUCUGUAAAUGAAGAAAGAGACCUGCCAGGCAGUCAGUGUCUAUUCCCUUAUUUUUCAGAUGUAAAAAAGUGGAGGUAUCUUACUUUUGGGAAAUACUGUUUAAGAUACCAUCAAUUGUAAGACUAUCAACUUAUAAUCUUUCUAAGAAGGGUGAGAAAUAUUUUUAAAAUAAGACAUUUCCCAAUUUUAUGUACUUUUUAAAUAUAUCUGCUACUAACCUUUUUUAUCAUUUUUAUUUUUUUCCAUUAUAGCUAGUUUACAGUGUUCUGUCGGUUUUCUACUGUACAGCAAGGUGACCCAGUCACACAUAGAAAUAUUUACAUUCCUUUUUCUCACAUUGUCAUGCUCCACCAUAAGUGACUAGCUCCACCAGUGCUGCUACACACAUUUUAUUAUAAAAAAAACACAGAUCUAAUGUCUAAUGUAAGUUUUUCCACCUCACUAAAUUUAGCCUUUUUAAAUAGUGUUUUUAUUACAAAAUUUUGCUUACCUGGAAUAAAGUAAAAAUAAAGUCAUUAAGGAAAAAAAUAAAUAGUUUUCUGUAAGAUUUAUACUGCAAAAAUGAAGCAGUAUGAUGAUAAGGUAUUUUUAAAACUUCUUUUGUUUAACAAAUAGAUGUGUGUAAAUUUCACCCAAACUCCUUAAAUGAUCAUUCAGUUAAACUCUCACAUACCUGUUUUGUGCCAGGCACUGUGGUAUAGUCAAACACAAGUCAGCUCUUGGUCACAUGGUAUCACAAAAUUAAGGAUUUUAAUAUGAGAAAAUUGAAGAAUAAAUUUGACUUUUGUAUAUCAUGUUUCUUCUUACAUUCUGUUUAUAUCUUCCUUCAGUAAUAAUAAUGCAUAAUUUCCCACAGACUUCAUCCUUACAUGUGGAAAGAUGUUGAUAAGAUAUUCUUGCAAUAAAGCAUUUUUUUGCGAGUAUAUACUUCACUUUAACUCUUUAUUCAAAUCCUAUUAAAACUAUAUAAGUUCUUAUAGGAGAGCUGCAAAUUCUCCAUACAAAAUUUUUAACCCCAAACUGUGAGAUAGAGUAAAAUCUUUGCUGAGCUUCUUAGGAAAGAAAAAAGAUGCCUUCAAUAACUUGGUAUUUCAGUCAAACCAAAAGUACCACCCUAGUAUGUCAUUAACAUACAGGAAGAGCCUGAAAUGUAUGUAUGUCACAUGUACUUUUUUUCUCUCUCUCUUACUGUGACAUCACCUGGGAAAAUCCAGAAGAUUGGAUAACAAGAAAUGCCUAAUCAAGAUUCUGCUGUGAAAAUGAUGCCAGAAUUCCAGAAAAGUUCAGUUCGCAUCAAGAAUCCUACAAAAGUAGAAGAAAUUAUCUGUGGUCUUAUCAAAGGAGGAGCUGCCAAACUUCAGGUAAUAACAGACUUUGAUAUGACACUGAGUCGAUUUUCCUAUAGAGGGAAAAGAUGCCCAUCAUGUCAUAAUGUCAUUGACAACUGUAAGCUAAUUACAGAUGAGUGUCGAGAAAAGUUACUACAACUAAAGGAAAAGUAUUAUGCUAUUGAAAUUGAUCCUGUUCUUACUGUAGAAGAGAAGUACCCUUAUAUUGUGGAAUGGUAUACUAAAUCACAUGGUCUGCUUAUUGAACAGGCUUUACCAAAAGCCAAACUUAAAGAAAUUGUGGAAGAAUCUGACAUUAUGCUCAAGGAAGGAUAUGAGAAUUUCUUUGAUAAGCUCCAGCAGUACAAUAUCCCUGUGUUCAUAUUUUCGGCUGGUAUCGGUGAUGUGCUAGAGGAGGUUAUCCGUCAAGCUGGUGUUUAUUAUCCAAAUGUCAAAGUGGUGUCCAACUUCAUGGAUUUUGAUGACAAUGGGCUGCUCAGAGGAUUUAAAGGAGAACUAAUUCAUGUGUUUAACAAACAUGAUGGUUCCUUGAAGAAUACGGAAUAUUUCAAUCAACUAAAAAACAAUAGCAACAUAAUUCUGCUGGGAGACUCCCAAGGGGACUUAAAAAUGGCAGACGGAGUAGCCAAUGUUGAACACAUUCUGAAAAUUGGGUAUCUAAACGAUAGAGUGGAUGAGCUUUUAGAAAAGUACAUGGACUCUUAUGAUAUUGUUCUAGUAAGAGAUGAAUCAUUGGACGUUGCCAACUCUAUCUUACAGAAGAUUCUAUAAGUAAGCAUUCUUCAAGAAGACCUCUCACUUGUGGGUGCAACUGAUGCAAGAGCUGCUCAUCUGUCUUGCUAAAAGACUAUUAUUUAUAAUACAUUCUUGCUCUUGAAGUUUCUUCUCCACAUUACUGAAGUAUUUUCAAAUUGGUUGAAUCCAUCAACUGGAAGCUCCUUUUUCUCCACCUCUCUCAGCACACUCCUCACUGUUUUUAACAGUAGAAAAAACAAAACAGGAAAAAUUUGAAAAAUAACGCUACAUUUCUAGAGUCAGUUUUGUAGCUUAAUGUUAUUAUGAAGUUUUUGAAGAGUUUUUACAUUGGGAAAGCUUGUAGAAGUUUAAAAAGUUUUAUGAAAUGGUGAAAUAAUGUACAUGAUUUUAAGUGUUGUCAUUUUUAUAACUUGGCUGAAUUAUGAUGAUAGUAUUACCAUCUCCUAAAAUUUUAGUAUAUUUGGUUAUUUUGUUUGAUGAAAAGCAGUAUUUACCAAAAAAUACUGGCACUUGAUGUUUGAAAAAAUCUAUUGGUAUCUUCAUGUCACUAAAUCAUUACAGAAUGUUCUAUAUUGAAGCACUGAUGAUAAACAUGAAAUGAAAAGCC